AUGGAGAGAACCAGCAAGAUCAUCAGGAGAUCAAUCUACACCUUCCUGAAGAACUACCACUACUUUACCUCAACAGCUGCAAUUCUUGCAUUCCCUGCUUCUGUUUCAAUUCUUCUCUCAGAGUCACUUGUUCCAUGCUUGUUACCUCUCCUUUCAGUGAUUCAUGUUCGUCUUCAAACACUCUUUGAUGCAGCUGGGUUCCCACCCUCAUCACAGUUCUUUUCUUUUCUCAAUUUGAAGUUAUCUCAAACCAUUUCUUCCUCAAUUUUAUCUAUCCCUUUCACCCUUUCCUUUCUCCUACUAGCAAAAGCCUGUGUAAUUCAUGCUCUCCAUCACCACAAGCAGAAACCCUCUCUUCAACCUUCCUUUUCUUCUUCCCUAUCCCUUUAUGCUCCCCUCCUCGUUACCCACCUCUGCAACUCAUUUGUUAUCAUCUCAGCAAACGCAGCUACCUUCUCUCUGCUCUUCCUUGCCUUUAAUAUCCUUGAUGCCUCUGGCUUCUCUUCACCCACUACAGUUCUUAUCAUCUCAGCCGCUGCUGCCAUCGUUUACUCUGUCAUACUUGCUAAUGCCCUUAUUGUCUGCAACUUAUCCUUGGUCAUAGCAGGGACGGAGAACUGCAGUGGGUUUCUAGCAAUCCUCAAGGCCUGCGUGCUUAUCAGAGGCAGGGCCUCAACCGCACUCUCUCUGGCUCUCCCCGUCAAUCUGGGUCUGGCUUUAGUGGAAGCCCUGUUUCAGUAUCGUAUAGUAAGAGUAGUUAAUCAUUCUGACAGGCUCAGCUCCUCCAUAGUCUUGGAAGGAAUGUUUAUUGCAUACUUGUACUCCCUCUUCAUUCUCCUUGACACCAUUGCAAGCUGCAUAUUAUUCAAGAGUUUAAAAUCAAGUUCUCCAAUGGAUCCCGAGAGAAGAUAUGUGUACCCUGAACAGAAAAUUGGGGAAGAAGAAGAUGACACUUAUACAUACUCGAAGGAUUUGCAGGAAAUAGCAUAA